CUACUUCUAGUCUCACCUCAUAGAAUCCCUCCCCUUUUGUCCCCGCACAACCUUUUUUUUUUUUUUUUUUGAAUUUUUAAAGUCAUAAACAGCUUGAUAGCCGUUGAGGCUGAAAACCCUCUCUUCCAUCUCUAUCAAAGGGAACCAGAAGGAGAGAAAUUUUCUCUAUCCUUGAUCAUUUUCGAAUCUUCUUGUACACAUCUUUAUCUACUUCUCCGUAUCAAAUUUUGAAUACCCAAAUUUGAAGGAGCUGAAAAGAUGAAAGGAGUGAUGAAAGGGAAGUUGAUGAAGAAGCUCAAGUCAAUCAAGCCAAUUGGGUACUUGAAGGAAACCAGAGUUCUUCAAGUGAAUGCAGCAGAUGGGUUCAUUGAGACGUUCAUAAAGAAGCCGAUUCUCAAAGCUCAAGCUGAAACCCCAGAGGUGAUGGUAUGCAAAGAAGUGGAGCAAGAAAAGGUUAAAGAUAGCAGCUUUGUUGUUAAUCAAGAAUCAGAUGUUAUUGAUGUAAAUGAGCUUAUGAGAGAUCUUGAAGAGGAGGAGGAGGAAAUGGAGGCCGAUGAUGAUAAGGAAAAUGUUAGGCCAGUAGUGAAGGCAAGAGUGGAUCUUUUUGGGGUUAAAGAUAAGGAGGAGUCAAAAGGGUCUAAUUUUAGGCAAUCCCCGUUGUCAGAGAUUGAUAUCUCAUCUUUCCGGCGACCGGAUUUGAAUUCUGGGAGCCUUUUUGACCCGAAUUUGUUGUCUGCCUUUGAAGAAGCAGUGAAAGAGCAUAUGAGAGUGAGUGAAGAGGAGAGACGAGCAAGAAUUGAGAAAGAGAAUCUUGAAAGAAUGAGAGAAGAACCAGAGAAGAAUUUUGAAAACCAGGAAGAAGAACCACCAUUGAAGGCUCGUCGAAUUGAGGAAGGUGAUGAUAUUGACCCUAUAUUAGGCUUCCCAGAGAUGUGUCCACCAGGUGGUAGUGACUCAGUAAUUCUCUACACAACAUCACUUAGAGGGAUCAGAAAAACUUUUGAGGAUUGUAACAGCAUUCGCUUUCUCUUAGAGAGUUUUCGGGUACUAUUUUUCGAAAGGGAUGUGUCAAUGCACAUGGAGUUCAAGGAGGAGUUAUGGAGGGUUUUGGAUGGCAGGGUGAACCCUCCAAGGCUUUUCAUUAAGGGGAGAUAUAUAGGUGGAGCUGAGGAGGUUUUGGCUUUGCAUGAACAAGGUAGGUUUAGAGUGCUCUUUGAAGGGAUUCCAAUUGAUAUAUUCAUUGGUUCACCAUGUGAAGGAUGUGCUGGAUUUAGGUUUGUGCUUUGUUUCCAUUGCAAUGGCAGCCAUAAGGUUGUUGCAGAAAAUGGGUUGUCAAGUACCUGCCAGGAUUGUAAUGAGAAUGGGCUGAUAAUCUGUCCGCUUUGCUGUUGAAGAUAAAUUGUAUUGGAGUUGUCCCUUGUUACUUGAAAUUCUUUUUCUUUCCAGCCUUGCUUGUUUGGAGGGUGCUGUCAUCAUUACAAGGAUUCCUUCCCAUUCCUUUUUGUAAUGCCUGGAGUAGAAUAUAGAACCAGCCUUUUCCAUGAUCGCUAUGUAAAAUUCAUAAAGAAUAAGCAUGCUAUACCUUUCUAGGAAGCUUUAUAUUCAUUUUCAAUGUAGCCAUUCUUUGUGAAACUUUGGUAUCUUUAUGAAUCACUGUAGCAGCAACAGAGCCAUUUUUCUGUAAUAA